AUGAAUCUGCCAAACUUCUUUGCAAGCAUUUCUAUUGCAUCCUCAGAGAAUUGUUCUGUGGAUUUACUCGGUACAGCAGUCGAUGGUUCUAUGGAUGUGACUAGUGCCUUAGUAGCGGUUGACAUUAGUACACAGCUAAUUACAGCCACUAAAAACUCUCUCUAUUGGGUUUCUGUGGUGACUGGUGAGGAAGAGGAUAUUAUCAUCCAUCCACUCCAAUCGCAAAUUCAGUUUCAGUUCCUUCUUCCCGAUCGUACCGGGAGUCGUUCCCCGUUUUCUGCUGGAGACGAAGGCGUAUUCACCGUUAUUUCGCCCAUGAAUUCCAAUUCCUCUGCCUUAGUAUGUAGGGACAUCCUGCGAACCAUCUUCGAAAAACUACCUCUGAUCGACUUGGCUCGAUCGGCCUGCGUUUGCAGUUUGUGGAAUUCGGUAGCGUCUGACCGCGAGUUGCAGAAGAGCGCCUUCAAGGCGCCAUGGAAACUGAAAGAUGUGGUGGGGAAUCCGAUCUCAGGAAGCUUCUGGAGAGACAAUAGUAUUGGUCGAUUCGCGAUUUCGCACCGCUUGGUUCGCGGCGAUUCCGUUACUAGCCUUGCCGUUAGGUAUUCUGUACAGGUUGUGGAUAUAAAACGGUUAAACAACAUGAUGAGUGAACACGGGAUAUACUCAAGGAUGAGGGUACUAAUACCAGUUAGCAAACCCGAGCUCUUGAUUGACAAUACUUGUUAUAUAGAACUUGACGGUUAUGCUAAAAGAGAAGUUGCGGUUCUCUAUUUGGACGGUUCUUCACCCGAUAUAAAGCUUGGAAACAACUACCCAUCGAGUAGAGUGACCUCAGAGCAAGGCAGAAAAAGAAUAAUCGAUUCCUUGAAGAGAAGCAUGCAAGUUGACGAUGGAACUGCUCAAUAUUACUUGUCCAUAUCGAAUGGAGACCCACGAGCAGCUUUGACUGAAUUCUCUGAAGAUCUUGGAUGGGAGAGACGGGCUGGUCUCCAAUGAGAUACACCACAUUGGUAAGUCUUUGUUAGUAUGGCAACUUGUAAUCUAAUACUUUCGCAAUGAUACAUUAUAAGUUGAAUAUUGUGGUAAAUGUUGAAAUGAAUGAAUAAUUGUUAUACCCUAGUGGGGGUGUUGUGUUGAAAAGUUAUUAUAUUUGGAAAUAUUUUUUUUGGAAUUUU